AUGAAGACGGCAAUUCUCUCGCUCCUGGUCGCCGCUGGCGUCGCCCAAGCCAGCGUCCAGGGCUUCGAUAUCUCUGGCUAUCAGGGUACUGUCAAUUUCGCCGGCGCGUACUCUUCUGGAGCCCGGUUUGUAAUGAUCAAGGCAACCGAGGGUACCACGUACAUCGACAGCAGCUUCUCGAGCCAUUACACUGGUGCCACUUCUGCCGGGCUCAUCCGAGGAGGCUAUCACUUUGCCCAUCCUGACUCUAGCUCGGGCGCCACGCAGGCCAAUUUCUUCUUGGCUCAUGGCGGAGGCUGGUCCAACGAUGGCAUCACGUUGCCAGGAAUGCUGGACAUUGAAUACAAUCCCUCCGGGGCGACCUGCUACGGCCUGAGCGCAUCUGAUAUGGUCGCCUGGGUCAAGGACUUUGGCGAGACCUACAAAAGCAAGACGGGUAGAUACCCUAUGAUCUACACCACUGCCGAUUGGUGGAAUACCUGCACUGGGGGUAGCACUGCCUUUAGCCAGGACUAUCCACUUGUCUUGGCUCGCUACUCAAGCUCCGUGGGCACGGUGCCCGGUGGAUGGCCGUACCAGAGCUUCUGGCAGAACUCGGACUCCUACAGCUACGGUGGGGACUCGGACAUCUGGAACGGAAGUGAAGAUAAUCUGAAGACCUUCGCCAAGGGGUAA